GAUCUCAUUUGCAAUUUUUCUUCUCUCUUCCUGUUUCCCUCAUAUCCUUGUCUUAUUACUCCAUUUUAUUCCUAAAUCAAUUCAUAUAUCAUGCUGAUGGUACAUCCAAUGCAGUUAGUACACGGAUGUAACUUAAAAAUCGACCUCGAUACCGAUAAAAUUGCGCUUCACGGCAAUGCAGACGAAUCGGCUGGCGUUAUGUUGAGAGGAACUGUACGAUUCUCUUGUCAGGAACAUACCAAAGUAAAAUCUGUCACGCUCAAACUGGAAGGCAAAAGCCACGUUCACUGGACUGAAGGUGCUGGUUCCCAAGUACGCCACUUCAAAGAAGAACGUUCAAUAAUCCAACACGAGUGGAUUUUCUUGGCGUCUAAAGAGAAAGCUCAAGUUUUGAAAGAAGGAGAAUACAAAUGGUGCUUUGAAUUACCGCUCCCAGGCGAUCUUCCCGAGUCCAUUAAACAUCCUUUGGGCGAAGUCAGCUAUCGUUUGAAAGCCGUGAUUGACCGUCCAGCAUUCAUGAUGAACUAUGUUGCUAAACGAACCCUUCACGUGUCGCGCCUGUUGUUACCGUCCUCGCUUGAAUUAACCCAGUCCAUCUUGAUUUCCAACGUCUGGACCAAUAAGCUCAUGUACGAAAUUGGCAUCCCCCGCAAAGUCUACCUCCCAGAUACGAAGAUUCCUAUCGCCUUUGACCUUGUCCCCAUCGCCUCUAACCUUCGAGUACGAUCAGUGGCUUGCACACUGAAGGAGUAUACAAUAUUCGCCGCAUCUGGGCACCAGCGAACUGAGGGACGGGUAAUUACUCACUUGCGCGAUGACCAUUUUACCCGCUCCGCCAACGGCCAUUGGAUGAAAACGGAACAAUUAUACAUCCCCUCCCGUGCAUCCAAUAUGCGCGAGAUCCAGUACGAUGUAACGGGCGACCUUAUUAAAGUUAAACACAAGCUCAAAUUUAUCGUCACAUUGGUGAACCUUGAUGGCCAUAUUUCUGAACUCCGGGCUUCUAUUCCUGUUAUUAUUGCAUCUAGCUUGCCUGAACAAGACCUCAACGACCUUCCCACUUACGAAGCUGCUUCUGAUUCAACCGAUGAUGACGAAGAAGAAGAUAGCUUACAGCCAUAUCAGCCGAUACUCUGGAAUGGGUUAGACUUAUCACGCGUUCCUUCAUAUACCACUGCCGUUCAAAGCAAUCGCUUCUAUAUCUCGGGCUCAUUACCUACUUAUGAGUCCAUCUGUGUCCCCCCUAGUCAAAUAGCCUGAAGUACGCUUUUGACUUGACCUUUUCCCUUUUUUUCCCCUCCAUCGAGUUUCUUCCUCUUUUUACCCCAUUUUUUCACAUCCUUUUCUCUCAUAUUGUAAAUAGAUACAGCAUCCUUCUUGCAUACACUAUUGAAUUUUUGUUUUACUUUUUCCUUGCCACUUGGUCUUUGAACAGGUGGAUCAUUUAUUGUUCUCCUUUUUCCGUCUUUCUUAUGCUUUUAUCUUCUUAUGGUAAUUAAAUAAGCGUUUGAAUCAGUG